AAGUGUGGAAACGAGAGGGCCAUGGAAGGGAAGCGGACGUCUGGGCACUGGGCUGUGUCAUGUACCAGCUUCUGGUUGGGGAAAUCGCAUUCUACGCUGACGAUUACUGGGAGAUGCUCAAGAAUAUAAAGGAAGCCAAAUUUAUUCUACCGCAGAAUCUCUCUAUUGAAGCUGGGAAACUGAUGGGCAAGAUAUUUAGAAUCGACCCACGGGAUCGCCCGUCACUAUCGAAUGUCCGUCGCCACAAGUUCUUCACAAAGGGCUUCACUCCAAAGACACUGCCAGCUAGUAGCUGCAAUACACCACCAAAGCAUAAAUCAGUCAACCCAUUCAAAAAGAUUUUCAACCGUUUCAUGCGCCUGAUACGAAAAAAGCGAUCCAGAGUUGAGCCUUUACGGGAGGAUGCCGAGCAGAGUGGACUUGAGAUCCCCCAGCCUGUGGAGUCACUCCGUGUUCUAGAGGAUGUCAACAGACCAAUGAACAAAUUGACCUGGUCCAGUUGGUCAAAGUGGUUGAGGGACCUGUAGGCAGGCUGUACUCAGCAAGUGCAGUGACGCCCCACACCUGAGUGCCUCCCCCAGCUCCCUGUCCACUCCUGUUUCAAUAAAGUUCUUUUGUGUUUCAAGCA